AUGGCAAUUUCUACAAUAGCGAAUAUAGCAUUACGAUUUAAUGAACAGGAUUUUAAUGAUCGAAUGGAAGAAAUGGUUAGCUUGGAAAUAUCUUUAGAGGACCAUGAAAGGGAACUUGAAAUAAUCAGGGAAAGUUUAAAGAAUAUAGAGCUUGCACCUUGGUUAGAGAAAAUUAAUGCAAGGCAAUCACUUAUUGAUGUAAACCAAUCUGUUUAUAAGAAAUUUGAUUCAAUAAAACAAGAUCUUAAACAAACAGAAGAUGCUGUCAUGAUUAGAGAAUCAUGUCGAAAGAAGCAAGAAUUUUCCAAGUCUAGUCUUGCCGAUUCUCGACAAAGAGAAGAUGAGCUUGAUAAACUUAAAGAUAGUGGUCAUAUAAAAGGAUUAUAUGAUCGUUUGGGUAACCUUGGUGUCAUUGAUGAUAAAUACGAUGUUGUGAUUUUAACUGCCUGA